AUGAAUAUUUUUCUGUCUGCUGCUAAGCUUGUGCAGCUAGCUGUGCUUGCGUUUGCCGGAUGGCUGCUUCUGCAGUCGCUGUUCCUGAGCGUGCAAACGUUCAUGGUUUUCUACUUUCCAACCACGAAUGUUCCCUAUCUUCAUCCUGUGCCGCCUGCCAACGAGACUGCCGAGCCUAUCUCGCUCGCAUGGAAGGAACCAUUUGAAUACGAGGCCAAGGUAUAUGUCAACAACAAGUCGUGCGACUCUGACUCACUCGAGACGUUCUUCCAGAAUGCCACCGAAGUCUGGCACAUCGAGCCGCAGAGCCUGGCGAAUCGGUACCCAGUCUUCGAGAAGCGUCUGAGCCUGAAUCUGACAGAUACGGGUCAUAAAUCCAUGUGUGUUUUCAUUCAGAAGGCUGGCCAGUUCACACCUCAUCCGAAUAUCAGCGACCCCCACCUGCUUGUUGGCGAGCGUUGGCUCACGUCUACGAUCGGGGAGACCACGUGCUACAGUGAUGACCAGAAGGGAAAAGGUAUCAAGGCUCACUGCGUUUCGAAAUCAACAUUCCAAGUGGAUACCCAGGCCAAGUGGAAGAUCCAUCUCGAGGACAACGUGUAUAGGUCCGACUCCCUGCCCAAUAUUCAUUGCAACAAGUGCACCAUCGCCCACGGACAAGCAGUCAAAUCCGAUAGCACGACUGAUAGCAUGACUGAUAGCACUAGCGCCAAGGAUAUGGAAUGGAAGAGGUUCCCACUUGCUGAUGGCAACAGCACAAGCGAGGAGCCUGAAGCCCUCAGUGCAACUGUCGAUAUCGACAUGAGGAUCCGUGGCGUACGCACUAGCAUUGAGCAGGCUUCUAAACGCAUCGAACGCAGAGUGGACGACAGGGUUCACAAGUUGUUGAAAUUGAAUGAGGGUAAGGGUUUGGCACUAGGCCUAAACCUUGGGUCAUCGACGGCCCGUUCGACAGUAUCAACCGCGAUUUACCUUGCGCUCUACCCAGCACUGCUCUCUCUGUGGCUCAUCCAGCAGCUCUACAUUGCCAGGCUUUAUUUGGCGUCAGCCUGUUCAAAUGGCGGAAAAGCCAGCUCGAUUUUUGGGAUGUAUUUAUUCCAAGAGUUUUUCCACGUGCCCCUGGUUAGUGGCAUUGGGCUAGCGGUUCCGCAUGCAGGAUUGUACUGGGUACUCAUUACGGUUUGCGCGGUCUGGAGGUUCAUCAAGUUACUCGUUGUAAUUAUGCCUCAGCGAUGGGUGGCGGGUGUCAUACGGUUUUUCAGUGGCUCUCGAGCGACUAACCCCAGUGACAAGGAAAAGGGCGAUAACCCGCUGCAAAAUAAGCAGGGGAGCGAGGACGACGACCUGGAGAGCGCCUAUUCCGAGAUAUGCUCACAGACUUUUAAGCUAUUGCUUAUGGCUAUUGCGGCAUCUCUUGUCGUGGAGUAUGCCUACCAAGCGUAUAUCUCCGGCGGCGUUGAGAUUCAGGAUCUGCUGAAGGCUGAUGGAAGUCAGAUUAGCGCACUUCUUUCGGGCCAUGGGCCACUUCUGCUACCGCAUGGUGUUCUGGGUCUAUGCCGCCUACUUCAUUCCAUCUAUUAUUUUGGUGUUCAAACGCAAGUCGACUACGUACGUGCUGAUUGCGUACCAUCUCCUUCGAGCGAUCGAGUUUACAGUCAUCGGAUCGCUUUGCCUCUACGCAGUUCCCCAGGUGGUAGAAUCCAGUUGUGUGGAGGUAUAUAA